AUGGCUUCUGCGCCAGGGAAGGUCGAUCGCCAGGCGACGACUCCCUUCUACCUGAAGCUCUUCUACAGAAAUGGUGGCUUCCACCGCCUCGAUGAGUUCAGCCCUCUCGGCGACCUCCCUCCACACCUCCAGAUCUAUACCUGGCCAACAGCGACGCUGCGCGAGCUCUCCCAUCUCCUCACCUCCGCGAUCCCAGACCUGCUGCCCGAGCCAGCCAUCGGUACGCGCCUAGCCUUCCGCCUCAUCUUCCCGGACACGCGCGGCGCGAGCUCAACAUCCGGGCCUGGCAGGUACAUGACGAAGGAGCUCGGCAGCGUGGUGAUUGGCGAUGGGGGCCCGGGCAUCCUCCCGGAUGAGGACGAGGCGGCGAUUGUAGCGGGCGGGCAGAUGGCGGGGCCGUUGGGCGGCGAGCCGGACAAGACGCUGCAGGAUGCGCGGUUCGUGAUCGGGGAUUAUGUCUCGUGUGCGAUCUUGCCGGCGAUGGCGAAUGGGGCUGUGGCUCCCCCUCCUAGUGGUCCGAUCAGGGGCGCGGGUGGCUAUGGGCCUGGGAGAGGUGAUUAUGGCGGUGGUAGGGCGGGACCUCCAGGUGCGCGGGAGAAUGGAUAUGGGUUUAGGGGACGGAGGGGAGGUCCAAGGGGUGGGGGUUUUGGGCAGGGUAUUGGAGCGGGAGUACCAAGUGGUGAAUGGAGGAGAGGAGAGCGUGUUCCUGAAGGGCCAUCGGGCAGAGGCCGCGGUGGGUAUGGAGGAGGUUUUGGGGGAGGGGGUAGAGGCAGAUAUUGA